AUGGAGGCCGUCCCUCCGGUCAGAUCCAGCCUCUCGGGGACUCUGCUGGUGGUGGUGAAGCUGUCCACACUGCUGGUCCAGAACCGGGCCCAUCUCUACAAUUUCCUGCUCCUCAAGAUCUUCCUCUUCAACCACUGGCUGUCGGGGCUGACUCUGGAGGCCCAGGGGUCCCACCCACCCCCCAAGAUCACCGGCUGCCCCAUGGGCCGGGUUCUCCGGGCCGGGCUGACACUGCUAGAGGUCCCUGUGUGCCUGGCGCUGCGGGUGCCCAGGCUGGUGUGGGCAGGCCUGCUGGGCUGUGCCCAUGCCUUGGGCCUGGCCCCGAAGUGGCUGGGGGUCUGGGAGCAGCUGGGCCUGUCUGCGGCCACCUGGACGGACCUGUUCCUGUCGUGUCUGCACGGCCUGAUGCUGGCUGCCUUGCUGCUGCUGCUGCUGGUCUGGAGACUGUACCGGAAAGCCCAGUGCUGCAGCCUGGGCCGGCUGCCCAGGAAGGCUCUGCUGGAGAACCGCGUGGUGCGGAGGUCACUGGCGCUGCUGAAGAGUCUGUACUCGUGGGUGGAGAGCACGCUAGCGCUCACCUCCUGGCACCUGGCCUACAUCAUCACCUGGACCACCUGCCUCGCCUCCCACCUGCUACAGGCCGCCUUCGAGCACACAGCCCAGCUGGCCCAGGCCCAGGAGGCUGAGCCCCAGAAGGCCUUGGGGCUCUCAUCUGAGCCCCCACCCCCUGGGCCCCCAGCCCCCGAGGCCAGGCCAGUCCUGCCAGAGCCUGGAACUCCUGGAGAAUAA